AAGAGGAGCAGAACUAUAAAAUCGUUUUAAUUUUUAUCAAGCCCAGUCCUCAAGCGAACCCCGUCGGAGCGUCGCCGAGUCGGCAAUGGCGGCACCAGUCGUUCCGCCACCAUGCCUCGACCACCAGUUCCCACCGUCUCCACCCUCUCCGCGCUCCUUGCCGGCUGCGUUUCCGUCAGCGCUGCCGCUGCGCUCCAUGCUCGCCUACUCAAGUCCUCCCGCCUGUUCCGGCCAGUCUUCCUUGCCAAUUGCCUCGCGGCGGCCUACUCUCGCCUCGGCGCUGCCCCGUCUGCCGUCGCCAUGCUACGCCACGCGCCGGAGGCCAACAUAUUCUCCCGCAAUAUCCUCCUCAGCGCGACGCUCAAGUCCCGUGACCUCCUUGCUGCGCGCAGGCUGUUUGACGAAAUGCCUGACAAGGAUGCAGUUGCCUACAACUCCAUGAUGUUGGGCUACAUCGAUGGUGGGCGCUCCGUUGAGGCUUUAAGCCUCGUUCCAGCAAUGUUGGAGGCAGGCGUCAGGCUUAGCGGCUUCACCUUCUCCAUUGUUUUGUCAGCUGUUCGGGUUGGUCGCCAUGGGUUACAGGUUCAUGCAGCUGCUGUCCGCAACCAUUUCACACAUCAGAAUUCUGUAGUCAGCAAUGCACUCAUCAAUAUGUAUCGGCGUGUUGGCCUCAUGGAACAUGCAGUGCAGGUGUUUUGGAGUAUGAGUGGACAUGAUAUUGUUUCUUGGAAUUCUAUCAUGUCAGUUUACAGGGAUGAUGGCCAGUGCAAUUGGGUGUUUGACUGUUUCCAGUUGAUUAGGAGCCAUGGGUUCUUUGUUGAUGACUGCAGUUUGUCCAUAGUGCUUAGCGCGUGCAUAGAUGCUGACGAUUUCUCUAAGGGUGACCAAUUGUUGGCCCAUUGUGUCAAAAUGGGUCAUCUUACAAAUUCUCUCAUUUGUAGUGCUGCUAUUAGCCUAUUAUGUGCAUCUGACAGACUUGCUGAUGCUGUUUGGCUUUUUGAAGGAAUGGCAACAUGGGACUCUGAAACUUGUAAUGCAAUGAUAUCAGGCUAUGCAAGGAGAGGAUUAAUGGAACAAGCUCUGGGCCUUUUUGCAACAGCACUGCAAAAUAGUGUUCUCCCAACUGGGUUUACUUUUGCGAGUGUCCUGAGAUGGAGUUCGUGUUUUGGUUUGGUGGAACAAGGCACUCAAAUUCACGCCUUGAUUUUUAAACUUGGGCUUGAAGAUGAUUUAAUCAUUGCCACUGCACUUGUUGACAUGUACUGCAAAUUAGCUUCCUUGAAACAUGCCAAGAAAAUCUUCAAGAGGGUAAGUGUCAAGGAUUUGGUAUUGUGGAAUACAAUGAUCAUUGGUCUUUCACACAAUGGGAGAGGUAAAGAAGCUCUUCAAGUGUUUCGGCAGAUGUUGAACUAUAAUAUCCAACCAGACAGGAUUACACUUUCUGGUGUUUUAUCUGCCUGUAGCUUGGAAGGUCUGGUGAAAGAAUUAAUAAAAAUCGUCCUUUUUGAAAACAAAUACCAUAUUGUUCCUGGCGUGGAGCAUCACACAUGUGUUGUUGACAUGUUAAGCCGUGCAGGACUGCUUAGAGAGGCAGUAGAUUUUGUCGAGAGCAAGAUGCAAAAGUGUAUUGUUGAUGCUUUAUCCAAUAUUCUCGGGGCCUCGUUGGUCAAAAAGGACUUUGGCAUGGCAGAAAUUAUUGCAGAAAAGCUGAUGAAACUGAAGCCUCAAUCCUCGCUACCAUAUGUUGUUCUUGCUCGAUCUUAUGGCACCAGAUGUAAGUGGGAAAGCAUGGCCAGAAUGUGGAGGUCAAUGGAACAUCAAGGAACAAAGGAAGUUGAGGAAUGUAGUUGGAUCUCUAUCAAGAAUCAAAUCCAUGUGUUUACUUCUGUACAAAUAUUGCAUCAUGGUAGAGAAGCUACAUAUUCAAUGUUAGAUCUGUUGUCUUGGGACAUGAUGCAACAUAGAUAUGUUCCUAGGCAUGUUGAAUUUAUGUAUACACAAGAAGAGCCAAGUAACAGUGAGAUAUCAGGUUGUCAUCAGCUGUUCUGUGAUUAUUCUUCAUAAGGCAUGAAUCAAGUUACCUUGUCUUGACCUUAUGGUUGAUAAUGACAAGAUUCAGAAUUUCAGAGUACCAUACAAGCAAACAUCAGGAAUUCCAAAAAGAUGUAUUGCAUUGUUUGAAAUUCAUUAAGUGAUACGUUAGGUUGCAUUUGUUAGCUCCUCCUCUGUAAACUUAAAAUAUUAUCCAUAUCUGUGGAGAUUAAAGUGUUAGGAACCAGACUCUGUUAAUAUGAUUCAUAUUCAUUAUGAAUUAAGCCGCAAAAUGAAUUA